CCAAUUGGAGGCUUGGAAACACGUCGCUGAGAACGAACUAAAACGAAUAAAGUUAAAUCGCAAAAUGCAAACCUUAAUUCGAAAUUUGAAAAAAUGGAUUUGAAUCUAGUGUAUUUGUGUGUUCUAAUUUUAAGUUUGAAUUUAGUGUGUGGCCAGUACGCGUCUUCGCCGUGUCCUGGCAUAUUUGACUUUGAAAACGAUGGACGUAAUGUGUAUGGGAAAAUCAUUUUGCGACCAAGCUCGCCGGUGUCUUCCUUAGUGCUAAGAAUUAAUUUUACUGUUGCAGUUCAACUAUUUAGUAAUUACGUAGGCCGUUUAGAAGCACAAGACAGCAACCACCUUCUUCAGAGGUACAAUAGAGGGGAGCCUGUCAGUUACAUUGUGCAUUUUCCUGUCACCUCUCCUCUGCCGAAGCUGACAGCACUCACAGUCAAUGGCGACACUAUUUGCUACGGACAUGGAGAUGUACCCAGACCAAACACAUACGUGACGACCCUAAGUCUCCAGCACACAUCCUUCCUCCAAGGAGGUGGUCCUGUAUAUAACAGUAUACAGCCACAGCAACAAAGGCCGCAGCAGCGCCCACCGCCUCCGCAGCCAACAGUAGACCAAAUCUUCUUCGGAGACGACGAUGCCACUGCUCAUAUUUAUACUUUCAACAAUGUUGAGCCGUCUUGGAAUAAUGGCAAUUCCCCAUACUACGUGGUAAACAACACUCGUCCGUUCACGCAAGCCACCCAGCAGUACCAGCCCCCCACCCAGCAGAUUUUCCAAUCAAAACCAGUCUACGAAUAUGACCAGAAUGGACCACUGCAGGUCACUUCUAGAAAGCCUGUGACUUACAGGCCUAACCCGCCUGUUUUCGAGCAGGCCACGAAAAGGCCAAUAUACACACCUCCUCCAUCAAGCCCUAACCGCAAUGACUUCUAUUACCCUACUCCUGAGCCGACACAACCAGCGGUAACAAAUGACGAACGUUACAGUGUUCCAACCACACCUGAAUGUGGUGAGGUCGCGGGAGGUAACGAGAGAGUUCCUCUCAUCUACAAUGGGAGGUCUUAUGCGAGAGGCGACAUUCCCUGGCUUGUGGCCAUCUACAAGAGUGAAGCAGCCAAUCUGCAGUUUAUCUGCGGAGGAACCCUGGUUUCUGAUCGACAUAUUGUUACAGCUGCUCACUGCAUGCAGCGUCGUGGCGUUCAGACAAACAUCAAGGACAUUGUCGUCAAGAUCGGCGUCCACAAUCUGAAUGACUGGAGUGACGAUAUCACUGUCACCAGGUCCCUGAUGGCUGCUUCCAUCCACGAGUCAUUCAAUCCAGCGACACUACAGAAUGACAUCCUAAUGUUUACACUGAACAAACGGGUAAAGUUCAACACGUACAUACGUCCGGCAUGUCUGUGGGGUGAUGAUACCGACCAAUCACGUAUCGUUGGCGCUUCUGGAGUUGUGGCUGGGUGGGGAGACCAAGGGGUUGGAGGUAUAGGCAAGCAAGGCGAGCCUCACAUGGUGCGGAUCCCCAUCGUCAGCACUACCGACUGCCGCGCCAGCAAACCUCACUUCCACAAGCUUACCUAUGAUAGCACACUCUGCGCAGGUGAUCGUAACGGCGCUGGGCCUUGUGUGGGAGACUCCGGAGGAGGUUUGUACCUCCUUGAAGGAGGGAAGUGGAGGCUCCGAGGAGUGGUCUCCGUGUCACUACGAGCUGAGAACGGCGACAACACUUGCAACCUGAACGAGUACAUUAUCUUCACAGAUACAGCGAAAUAUUUAGACUGGAUCAAACGCAUUUUGUCAGAAAAAUAUUACGAUUAAUUUUAAUUUUUAUUUGAUGUAUUUAAGACUGGAUCCUUUUUGGAAUAAAACAUAAAAUUUGUAUAUUGUCAGAGUGGCUAGAGCGAAUAUUUUUACAUAAACGAGAUCAAAACGUCACAGCGUUUCGCCCUCUUAUUGGUUGGUUGAUUUAUAACAGGCCAAUCAGAGCUCCGAACGUCACAAACGUGCUGAUCGAACAAACGUAAAAUUAACUCUCAUUGGGCAUUCUGUUCAAAUCACGCGUAUAAAGAUGAAAGGUUAAAAGUACAAAAUAUGACAACAUUGGCAUUGUUUAUUCAGGAUGGACUUUUAAGAGUUGCCAACAACUUACCACUUAAACAACCAUAGCAAGAUUUAGGUAAACC